AUGCCCAUCACUGACUUCAUGGCAAAGCUUGAUGUCAACAAUUUCCAGCCUGAUGACCUGAGCAUUGAACUGAUAGACAACUUCUUGAAAGGCAGACACCCUAAACUUGACACCAAGAACAGGUUCAUCAGCUGCUAUAUCACCUGUUCUUGUAUACUGCCUAAUAAUUUUGAUACAGCAGCCCUCUCAUUGUGGCUAUCUUCUGAUGGCUUUUACAAUGUUACCACUCCUCAGACAUCACUACCCACUAUGGCAGCAGUGAUGGAAGACAAGGAUAAGCUACCACAACCCAACCCCAACACAGUGCAUCCAGUGUCAGAAGCCCCAUAUCAAUCCCAUUAUGACUGCACACUGUGCCUGCCCUCAUACCUACAUGAUUAA